UUGCAGAAAACUAUAGAGCCGGUCAUUAUUUUAGAUGACGAAUCUUUCAACAAUCGUAGGUAUCGACCCUUUGCACAACACUCCUUCAUUUUUAAAGCUAAUUGAUGAAGAUUUUCCAAUAUUUUUGGAAUUACCUAAUGACUUUACAUCAAUGGUUUGGGGAGACCACCCACCUUACAAAGAUUCAGUUAAGAUUGUUGAUGGUGACAAUAUAUGGUUUGUAAGAGUAAAAAAAACAGAUGUUGGCCCUGUUCUUGCUGAUGGAUUCACCAAACUGGUUAGGGAUACUCAUGUUAGAAAAGACGACUACCUUAUGUUUCAGACUUAUGGACAGACCUCAUUUUUUUUAAUGGUCUUUAAAUCAUGUGUUCAUAGAAACAUGUUCAUAUCCAAGAUAAACCCUCAAGAAGAUGUUAUUGUAAUGGCAGAUAAGUUUUGGAGAGAUUUUUAUGGAAAGAUGUUCAAAGGUGGUCAAUCAACUCUGUAUUUAGGAGAUACGUUUUGGAACGUUAACAUGGACGGAUUAACUGACAGGUGUGUUUUUACUCAUGGAUGUUCGGAGAUGAUAAAUGAACUUGCCUUAGACAGGAGAUCUACCUUUGUUUUCUCAAUGCAUGGAAAUAAGGUCUUCGAGGUUUCAGUGUUUAAUCAUGAAACCGGUACUCAAAUUCAGAACAACAGGGUUGAGUUAGUAGUUUUGGACGACCCAAUCUAUGUUGACGAUUUUGAUGAAUUUGCUAUCGAGACGGCAUGUAAAGAGGAGUGUAUUGAUGCUGGAACUGUCAUUGAAGAAGGUGUUGUUGUUGAAAGUAAAGAUGUAAAUGCUCAUUUGGCAGGUUUUGAAGAUAUGUUCAAUGUAAUUCUUUAUAUUAUAAGAAAAUUAAUUAACUGA